UGAUGACAAAUCGAUAACGUAACACUUGCACCGUCACUGCAUGUGUCGAAAAUCUUCAAAAAUUAUAUAACGAUGGACAAGGUCCCCGAACGUGUCCAUGCGGGCCGCUGUUUGCCCCUCAAUUGAAUCUAAUUGUGACUCGCCAACAAUUAAUCCGGCCAAUUAUGAUUGUCACUAAUUACGUAAAACCGAACGCAUCCAGUGUUUGCUGUAUCACACUCGUAUUGAAAAAAAUUCGCGGCCGAGAUAAUUAUUAUCAUCGCGUCAAUUCAGGGUCUAUAGUUGUAUAUAAACCGAUCGCUCCUCCUUAUCAUCAUUCUUACAAUUGCUGUCGAUCUGUUUGUGUUUGUGAUAGUGAAAUGGUGACCACAGUCAAAGUACCACCAGAUGGUGGCUACGGGUGGGUGAUCGUCCUGGCCAACGCUCUUAGUAACCUCGUCAUCAUUCCCUUAAUGCAAAGUUUCGGACUGGUAUUCAAAGACACCUUCCAAGAAAUGGGGCUAUCGGCCACUGAGGGGUCACUCAUUAUCAACCUGAACGCCGCCUUCGGGAUGAUCAUGGGCUUACUCAACGGGCUCCUCCUCAAAAUCUUCGGAUACCGUAAAGUCGCCAUAGCAGCGUCGUGCUUCAUUUCAGUGGGAAUCGUCCUCACGUCGUUUGCGAGCACCUUCACACACUUCAUCAUCACGUACGGACUGAUUACAUCAAUUGGGUUCGGCUUGAACAUGUCGGCGUACAGUUUGGCCCUUAAUAGCUACUUCAGAAAGAAAAAAGGGCAGGCGGUGGGAUAUGCGAUGACGAUCACAGGUCUAGGACCUAUAUUAAUGCCCCAAGUGAUUAACGGGUUGAUCAAAGUCCACACCGUGCAAGGAGUCACCCUCAUUCUAGGUGGCAUCGCUGCUAACUCGUUCGUGGCAGCCAGUUUGCUCCAACCAAUCAAGUGGCACAUGAAAACACAAGAGGUACCAGAGGAAAACCCCGAACCUGUCGACAAACCAAACAACGAAGACAAAACCCAGACCAAAAUCGACUUAAAAAGAAGCGCAUCCCAAGUCGAAACCAAACGCAAGAUUUCCGUCGACUCUAACGCGUCAAUGGAUGACCUGGAAAACGGACCGGUGUACGGAUUGGACUCCGCUUUCAACGGAAGCGUCCUGUCUAUCCAAUCAGUGACCCGCAACCGCAAAGACUCCCUUGUCUCCCAGUCGUGGAAAAAGGGCUCAGUCCCCAGCCUCACUCACAACCCCUACAACUCCCCACUCACUAAACCCAUCAAGAAAAAAAGCACGUGGAAGCGCUUCGCCGACCGCAUGGUGAGCUUCUUCGACUUGGAUCUCCUCAAAGACCCCGUCUACGUCAAUAUCAUGAUGGGUCUUUCGCUGGCCGUCUUCGCCGAAAUCAAUUUCUCGCUCCUGACGGCGUUCAUUCUCGCCGAGUUCGGUCUAAACACCAACCAGAUCGCCACGUUCAUGUCAGUUUUGGGGAUAGCGGAUAUCGUGUUCCGGUUUCUGGCGCCCUACAUCGGAGACUUUGUCAAACUACCGUCUAGACAGAUGUACAUGGUGACGUUGUUCCUUUUGAUGGUCUCCAGGUUUUCUCUUUUGAUUUCGAAUGACUUCGUGGUGCUGCUGGGUGUGGCGCUGGGGUUGGGUAUAGCCAAAGGUAUCCGGACGGUGUACAUGUCUUUGGUCAUCCCGAUGUAUGUACCGAUUGAGAAGUUGGCGUCGGCGUCCGGGCUGCAGAUGAUGGUCAACGGGCUGUGUAUUUUGAUUGGGGGGCCGGUAAUUGGGGUGAUUAGGGAUGUGACGGGUAGUUACACCCUGUGUAUAAUCGUUUUGAACUUGAUUACUUUCUCUACUAUCUUUAUAUGGACGGUGGAGGCUGUGAUCGUCCGGUUAAGGCGAAAACGGGGAAGUGCUGAAGUACAAGCGGAGCAAACAGACACUCUACUUAACAAGACUUGAAGUAUUAGGAAGUAUUGAUAUUAUGUCCAAGACGUCGUUAUUUAUAAAUAAAUGUUUGUUAUUAA